AUGGAAUUAAGAACUGAUAGUGAGAAAAUGAGUGUCGUACUCCAAGAACUUAAAAUGAUUGCUUUAAACGUUGCUUUUGGCGUCAAGCUAACCUCAAUGGCAGAAAGGCAGAUAGCAACUGAAUUGUUCGACAGACAAGACGAAGGACAGCAUUACCAUUUUGCGGCGAAUUCCGAAGCUGAGUAUAACGACUGGAAUAAACAUAUAAAAAAUGCAAGCUACGAAAAGCUUAAAGAAAAAUUACAAAAACUAUGUGAACAGAUUACCGAGAUGACUGGUGAGCACCCGUUACCGCAUAACCAUCCAUUUCGUGAUGAUAACGACAGCGAGCCUCCAAAACCACCAAAACCGCUUCACAAACCUCCGUUGCUGGAAAUAAGCAUGGCUUGCAAUGAUCUAAAACCAACUGUGGAGAAUAAAUAUCCAAAUGCAGUUAUAGUUGUUAGUACUAUGACCCCUCCUGGAGCAACUUGGUCCAGACUUGCACAGACUGAAAUAAUAGAGCAAAAACGUCACCCAUAUUUCUUGACGACUAUAAGCAUACCUUCUGGUGGAAAUUACAGUGAGGUAACAAGACUAAAACUUGCUGUCUUUGAUGUUCGCGACCGAGAUAAAGAAGAGAUGACUCAUUUGGGUCAGGCAGUUUGUACAAUCAAGGAUAUAUUGGAUUCCACGAAUCAGAAAAUUCAACUUUCUCUUACGUGA